GUGGCAGUUUGCGUCUCCAUGGUAACGACAGGCUGGGCCUAGCUGCUGAUGGUCGUUUGCUGCUGUCUUUGACUAGAUGGCUACUGAUGUUUUAAACAUGUCACGUGCACCAAUACCUCCAAUACACAUCGGUGCCACAGUACCUGAAUCACUUACUGUGCUUCAGCAUCGAAUCAUUGCAGCUGAGGAGCAAACAAAUGCUUUAAUUCAAGACUUAGAAAGCAUGGGAUUUGGUAUUGAAGACUGUGGAACACCCAAAACCGGUAGUUAUGAAGGUUGCAAGCCUGUCAGUCCUCUCCACACUAGAAAGGCUUUUGGCACUGAAGGUGAUGUACUGUGGAAAAGCUAUGAAUUUUUGGUGAGUCGUGUUUGCAGACUGGAAAGUGUUAUACAAACAAUGAAGUUGAAUGUAUUUCGAAUACAGACAGCAAAAGAACUCAACCCUGAAUAUUCAGUGGACCAGCUAUCUGCAAUGCAGGAAGAACAUAUUCAAGAAGUAAAGAAAGUACAGAGGGAAAUUAUUCAUCUCAGACAGCAGCUGAAUGAAGUUAGUGAAGAAAAAGAAGCAGCUCAGGAGGAAAUAGAAAGGCUGAGUGCUGCUCUGGAAAUAGCCACAACAACUAAGACAAAUGUGGCAAUGGCGGCAGAAGAACUUAAAGCAACAAAUACCAGAAUGAGCCAAAAACUGCAAGAGGUGAUGCAAAAUCUGGACCAGGAAAUAAAUCUCCAAAAGACUUUGGAAGAAUCCCAUGUUCAUCUGUUACAACGUGUGCAGGAGCUGGAUAAAGUAGUGGAAGUUGAAAGAAAGCAGGUCAAGUUGCUGCAACAGGACAGCCUUGCACUUAGAAAUGACGAGGAGCUGGCUCAGAAGAAAUUGCAACAAGAACAGCAGAAAACAAAUGAUUUGGAGAAAAUUCAAAAGCAGCUAAAAGCAGAAUCAGAUGCUAAAGAAUCCAUUAUUUCCCAGUUGACAGAUGAAGGCAAGAAAAUGCAACUGAUGUUAAAGAACCAACAGGAAGAGAAUGUCAAUCUUCAAAGUGAGAUUGCAUCACUGAAGGAUGUAGUACAGAAAUUACAGGCUUUAAAUGACCAGCUAGAUGCACAGUGUACUGAACUGAGUGGCACUUUGCGCUCUUUAUCUGUGGAGAAUGCUAAGCUUUUAAGAGAGCAUCAAUCAUCUUUAAAGGAUGAACAAGAAAGAAUGAAGGAAAAGUUGCAUGAGCAGGAACUUUUACUGGAUGCAGCCAGAGCGCGUAUUUCAGCUGAUCUACGGUGUGCAUUGAAUGAAAAACAAGAAUUAAAAAAACAACUAGAAGUUCUAAGAGUGGAGUAUAAGAGGAUACAGCAGAAAUUUGAAACUGUGGAGAAAAAGACAAUAACGCAACAGAAGCUUCUUGAGUCUGAAAUUGCAAAUCUGAAAGAGAACGUAAAGACUUCAGUUAAUGAAUGUGAACGCAUUAAACAAGAAAAAGAAACCCAAAUGGACCAGGUAAAUUGCAUAAUUGAUAAUAUUACAAAGGAGAAGAACAUAUUUGAGAAACAAGUUACCGAGAACCAGCAAAUGCAGCAACAGCUAGAGCAAGUCCUUGAAGAAGUAAAAAAGAGUAAAAACAAAUUAGCAUAUGAUAAGGAAAAGCUGCAGUCCAGAGUGCAGCAAUUACAAGAAGAACUGCAACACAGAUCUGAUGUAAGCUUUGAAAAUGUCCAGUUACAGAAAGUUAACACAUUGCUUGAGACUAAAUAUUCUCAGGUACAUGUGCUUUUGGAGCAAAAGGAGAAAGACUUUGCCUUGAUCAUGAAAUCUCGUGAUGAAGCACUUUGUGAAACACAAAAGCUGAAAAAACAUAUAGAGAUGAUGGAAGAAAAAGAAGCAGAGGAGAUUGUUAAUCUUCAACCAUAUUUAUCAGACUCUAAACAAGAUAACAGUCAAAUGGCUGCAACUCUUGAGAAUGUGUUAAUGUCACACAGGCAACUCCAGCAAACAAUCAAGAAGCUAAAAGCGGUACUUGGACAAAGAAUCAUGGAAGUAUAUACCUUGCAACAGGACAAAUCUCAAGCUCAAGUAAUUCUACAGAGUCUUCAUGCUGAGCUUGAAGAUUUACAGAAUCAGCUGGCUAACAUGGAAGCACGGCAUAGUAUUCAAGAGAUGCCUUUCCAAAAAGGACUAGAGGUUUCCAGACAAGAGAAUCAGAAACUAGCACACGGCUUGGAAGAGACUUUGCAUGCAAGCAAUAAUUUACAGGUCAAAUUAACUCAUCUCCAGGAUGAUUUGUACAAGAAAGAAAAUCAGCAAAUUCUGCACAACAGAGAGCAAGAAGUUGAGAAUGCAAAACUGGCAUCCAAAAAGUUCGAAGAACAAAUUGAAACUUUGAAAAAACAUUUCCAACGUGAGAGAGAGAUUGCAAGAAAAGCCAGUCAGAAAGAAAUAAUAGAACUGAGAAAAGCCCUUGAUGAAACCAUAUCCAAAUCUGCAGAACUGUCACGAGCUAAUAGAGAAUUGCGAUUGAAAGUUACUGAAUCUGAGAAGAACUUAAAAUGUUUGAAGGCAAAGAUCAAAGAUCAAAAAACACAGCUGAAACACCAUCUAGAGACCAAAAAAGCUGCUGCUCAAAAUACAGAAAGAAUCAAGGAAUUUGAAGCUGACUUACAGCAGAUGGAGAUAAUAAAAGAUCAAUAUCAGAAAAAAAACAAUGAGCAGUCUCAAUUGAUUUUAAAGUUUAAGACAGAGAUGCAGACUUUACAAGAGGAGCUUCAGAAUCUGACAAAAAGUCAAAAUGAGGCAGUGUCUCACCGUAGACAACAAGAAAUACAGUUAAAGAAAGAACGUGAACUUAGUCUAGAGCUGAAAAGAAAAUGUCUGGAUCUUGAGGAGAAGGUAAGAAACCUAGAAAAUUGCAGAGAAGAAACUGAACGCAAAUUGAAAGAAGCCAGUUUGGAAUCACAGCAGAUCAGCACAAAUCUGGAGGAAGCGCAUCAAUGGUUUAAGUCCAAGUUUGACAGUCUGCAAGCAGAAUUUAUUAAGUCUCAUGGAAUGGAUACAUCAAAGCAACAAUUAUGCAAUGGAAAACAUUUCAUGAAGAAUGGCAGAGCAUUAUAUUUCAGAUCAGGACAAAGUUCAAAGGGCAUGAAGAUUUCGGCAUUUGAAACUCCAAGCCAAUCCAGCCUCAGUUGUUGGGACACUAAUCAGAAAGUGAAAUUUGUCUCCAGAAAGUCUGAUUUGUCUAAGUGAUCAAACAAGUGAAAGGAAGCAAAUCUGAAGCCAAAUGGAAUGCAUAUGUUAAAUCAUUUCCACCUUCAGGAAAAUGUAGUCGCUGGGAUGUUAUAGGUUCUGUUAUAUUGGAGAUGCACUUGAUCAAGAAAUAUAGCUGGAAUGGGUCACUGAAGAAAAGAUUUUGAACCUGUUAGGUUUAAGUAAGUGUUAAAUGCCAACUGCUGAAAUAUGCUAAAUUCACAAAAGGUGUAGUAAUACAUUUCUUGCAACAUGCACAAAAUGCUGGUGGAAUGCAGCAGGCCAGGCAGCAUCUAUAGGAAGAAGUACAGUCGACGUUUCGGGCCAAGACGCUUCGUCAGGACUAUCUGAAAGAAGAGAUAGACAUUUCUUUCUUCAAUUCAUCAUCCAUGCAAAUAGAAAUGAAAAUUUGUAGUUCCACAUAACAUUUCCAGUAAUCUGUAAGCAGAGGAUCCUAAGUGCUGGAACUCUAGGGGGAGGGGCCAUAAAUAUUAAAAAUUUUUUUUAAAUAAGCUUUAUUUGUUACAUGUGUAUCGAAAUAUACAGUGAGAGGGAUCAUUUGCAUCAACACAGUCCAAGGACAUGCUGGGGACAGCAUGCUUGAGGCUUCUGGUACCAACAUAGCAUACUCAAAACUUACUAACCCAACCUGUUUGUUGUUGGAAUGUGGAAGGAAACUGGUGCACCAGGAGGAAGUCCACAUAGUCACAGGAAGAGCAUACAAACUUCUUACAGACAGUAGCAGAAAUCAAACCCCUAUUGUUGGCACUGUAGUGUUGUGUUAACCUCUGUACUACAGCACUUCUGUUCGAACCUUUCAUUAAAAGUUGCAUGGCAAAGAAGAAACUAUAUUAUCCUCCAACGUGGCAGCAUGAUUGAUCAACAUGUUGCACAAUUUAUUUCAAAUAGCAGAAAACUACAGGUCCUGGAAAUCUGAAAUAAACACAUAAUAUGCUAGAUAUCUGGCAGGUCAAAAAGUGAAGAGAGAAGACUUUGGGUCAAUUAUCUUUCAUUGAAAUUUUUUAUUUUAUUGUUUGUUUUCAUUUUCCAAAUAAUAUAUUUGCAACUAAAUUGGCAGAAGCCCACUUCAUUUAUACAUUCUGCAGUAGUUUUUCAAUUUUUCUGGCAAAGUGAUACUUCAAAAGUGUACAGGUUCAGCAAUAACCUCCAGAAUUAUCCAUACCUAAAUAAUGAAUUUCCACAGAAAAUUAAGAAAGCAGAGAAAACCAUUUUUAUUGAGAUUUUAAAAUCACAACUUAGAAGGUCUUUUGGACUGUUAGUUUGAAUAUAUGUACCUAUGUAUCUUCCUGAAGUUAAAGCAAAGAUAAAGAUUAGCUUUGUUUGUCACGUGUACAUUGAAACAUACAGUAAAAUGCAUUGUUUGCAUCAACAAUCAACACAGUCCAAGUAUAUGCUGGAGGCAGCCUGGGAGUGUUACAGUGCUUCUGGCACCAAUGUAGCAUAUCCACAACUUACUAAUCCUAACCCAUAUAUGUUUGGAAUGUGGGAGAAAACGGGUACCCAGAGGAAAUCCAUGUGGACAUGGGGAGAAGAUAUAAAAACCUUACAAUUGAACUUCAAUCAGUAAAUGCUAUUGCUGUUAAGUGUUAUGCUAAUGCUAUGCUACCAUGCUGCCAGAAAAAGGCUCAUGUGCUGGAUAUCCUUACUAUAGUAACUAAUGUAAUUUGACUUUAAUUAAAUACAAGUUACAACUCCUCCCAGGUUUAAAAUGCCUGACUAAUAUAUGACUGAAUGUUUGGGAGAUCUGUGCAGCCACUGAGAAUGGAUUUGCUAACUGCUGCAGGGUUGCAGGCAUCUUCUGCCAUAUAGAAAUGGAGAAUAUCUGUGUGCCUCUCUUCCUCCCCGCCUC